CGAUCACACUCUCUUUUCUUUUCCCCUUCUUCGGCCCUCCACAACUCCAACCAACCUUCCCCCUUCUCUUUUCAUUUUCCCCCCCUUCCCCAAACCCUAACCGCUCAUAUUCCCCCCUACCCUGCCAUUUCUCCUUCUCCGAUCUCCCGCAAAACCCUAAGCAAUUGGCUUCCAUGGAUUCCCAGCAGAGCAACCUCUACGAGACGGCUUCGCAGCCGGACACGGGGACCGACGCCUACACGUUCCUGGAAUUCAACACCCAGGGCGAAUCCGAGUUUGACUACCCGGAAUUCCGCUCCCCGGUCGCCUGGCCCACCCCUUCCGACUCCCUCGCCGCGACGGCUUCCUCCUCGUCCGCGGUGGCUGACCCCGUCGUCGUUGACCACCGAGGCGCAGCGACGGCAGCAGCAUCCUCGUCGUCGUCCGAUCACCACCAUUCCAAUUCCCAAGCCGCGUCCCCUGUGGCAUCAUCAGCUGCGAAGGCAGCUGCGCGCGGCGGCCACGGAGUGGACGGCGUGGUGGCUGGAAUGGGAGGGCUGAAUUUCGAGGAGACUGGUGACGAAGACGCAUACGAGUUCGGGAAGGGGGAUUUCACCGAGCAUGCCUGCCGAUAUUGCGGUGUUUCCAACCCUGCUUGCGUAGUGAGGUGCAAUGUACCGUCGUGUAGGAAGUGGUUUUGUAAUUCGAGAGGGAAUACGUCGGGUUCUCAUAUCGUCAAUCACCUGGUUCGAGCAAAACACAAGGAAGUCUGUCUCCAUAAAGACAGUCCUUUGGGAGAAACUAUUCUUGAAUGCUACAACUGUGGAUGUCGCAAUGUGUUCCUUCUUGGUUUUAUAUCAGCCAAGACAGAGAGCGUCGUCGUUCUCCUCUGUAGAGAGCCAUGCUUGAAUGUUAACGCUUUGAAGGACAUGAAUUGGGACCUCAGCCAGUGGUGUCCCCUGAUUGAUGACAGGUGCUUCCUUCAGUGGCUAGUUAAGAUUCCUUCUGAGCAAGAGCAGUUGCGGGCACGCCAGAUUAGUGCACAGCAAAUAAAUAAGAUAGAAGAACUCUGGAAAAGCAAUCCUGAUGCCGCCCUUGAAGAUCUUGAGAAACCUGGUGUUGAUGAUGAACCCCAGCCAGUAGCUCUGAAGUAUGAAGAUGCAUACCAGUACCAAAAUGUAUUUGCCCCACUUAUUAAGCUUGAAGCUGACUACGAUAAGAUGAUGAAGGAGUCACAGAGCAAGGAUAAUCUCACUGUUCGAUGGGAUAUAGGGCUUAACAAGAAGCGUGUAGCUUAUUUUGUUUUCCCAAAGGAGGACAAUGAGUUGCGUCUUGUGCCUGGUGAUGAACUAAGGCUGCGUUACUCUGGAGAUGCGGCUCAUCCAGCCUGGCAGUCUGUUGGGCAUGUGAUAAAGCUAACUGCACAAGAGGAAGUGGCUCUUGAGCUUCGUGCUAGUCAGGGUGUUCCUAUUGAUGUGAACCAUGGUCUUAGUGUUGAUUUUGUGUGGAAGAGUACAAGUUUUGAUCGAAUGCAGGGUGCAAUGAAGACAUUUGCUGUGGAUGAAACAAGUGUCAGCGGGUACAUAUACCAUCAUUUGUUGGGACAUGAGGUUGAAAAUCAUAUGGUUCGCAACGCAAUGCCGCGGCGGUUUGGUGCGCCUGGGCUUCCAGAACUGAAUGCAUCCCAGGUAUAUGCCGUGAAGAAUGUCCUCCAGCGGCCUAUUAGUUUGAUUCAAGGUCCUCCCGGCACUGGAAAAACUGUUACUUCUGCUGCAAUUGUCUAUCAUAUGGCCAAACAAGGCCAGGGGCAGGUGUUGGUAUGUGCACCAAGUAAUGUGGCUGUAGACCAACUAGCGGAGAAGAUAAGUGCCACUGGCUUGAAGGUUGUUCGCAUUUGUGCCAAGUCGAGGGAAGCUGUUAGCUCUCCUGUUGAGCACCUGACUCUUCACUAUCAGGUUAGACAUCUUGAUACUUCCGAAAAGAGUGAACUUCACAAGUUGCAACAGCUAAAAGAUGAACAAGGUGAGCUUUCCAGCAGUGAUGAGAAGAAGUACAAGGCUCUGAAGCGAGCUACAGAGAGGGAGAUAUCUCAGAGUGCUGAUGUCAUAUGUUGCACGUGUGUUGGUGCUGGAGACCCUCGACUUGCAAAUUUUAGGUUCCGCCAGGUACUUAUUGACGAGUCCACUCAAUCGACUGAACCUGAGUGCCUAAUUCCUUUAGUUCUUGGGGCAAAGCAGGUUAUACUUGUUGGCGACCACUGUCAACUUGGUCCUGUUAUUAUGUGCAAGAAAGCAGCUCGAGCUGGACUGGCACAGUCUCUAUUUGAACGCCUCGUGUUACUUGGAGUAAAACCAAUUAGGCUGCAGGUUCAAUAUCGAAUGCACCCGGCUCUUUCAGAGUUCCCAUCUAACAGCUUUUAUGAAGGCACCCUGCAAAAUGGGGUUACUGUAAAUGAGAGGCAAACAACAGGCAUUGAUUUCCCCUGGCCUGUGCCUAAUCGUCCCAUGUUCUUUUAUGUCCAGAUGGGGCAAGAGGAGAUAAGUGCUAGUGGAACCUCCUAUCUGAAUCGUACAGAGGCUGCAAAUGUUGAGAAGAUCGUAACUACUUUCUUGAGAAGUGGUGUAAUCCCUAGUCAGAUUGGGGUGAUAACACCAUAUGAAGGCCAGAGGGCAUAUAUUGUGAACUAUAUGUCCAGAAAUGGUGCUCUUAGGCAGCAGCUUUACAAGGAAAUUGAGGUUGCUAGUGUUGAUUCAUUUCAAGGCAGGGAAAAGGAUUAUAUAAUUUUGUCUUGCGUUAGGAGCAAUGAACACCAGGGUAUUGGGUUUCUUAAUGAUCCUAGGAGGCUUAAUGUAGCUCUUACUCGUGCACGAUACGGCAUCGUGAUACUGGGCAACCCAAAAGUCCUUAGCAAACAGCCGUUGUGGAAUGGUUUGUUGACACACUACAAGGAACAUGAAUGUUUGGUUGAGGGACCUCUUAAUAACCUGAAGCAGAGUAUGGUUCAGUUUCAGAAACCUAAAAAGAUAUAUAACGACAGAAGACUUUUCUUUGGGGCUGGACCUGGAGUGUUGCCCAAUGAUGGUCUGGGAUCUGGUGUAUCCAGUGUUCCAAAUGCUGACAGAAGAAGCGGGCGUGCCAGAGGUGGGCCAGCUAAUGGUGCUCACAAGCCUGGUGUGCAUCCAAAUGGAUUUCCAGUGCCACGAGUCCCCAUGCCAACAUUCCAUGGCCCGCCGCCUCCGCAACCAUAUGCGAUCCCAUCACGUGGUGCUGUGCACGGACCUGUUGGAGCUGUUCCUCAUGUACCUGCACCAGGAAGUCGUGGUUUUGGGGCUGGGCGUGGAAGUACCACUGCUCCUAUUGGUAGUCAUCUUGCACACCAGACCAAUCAGCAGGCAGUUGGGAAUAUUGGACCGAACUUUAACUUCCCUGGUUUGGAGAAUCCCAACAGCCAGCCUUCUGUUGGUGGCCCAUUAUCUCAACCUGGAUUUGUGAACAAUAUGCCAGUUCAAGGGGCAAGCCAGUCGUUUCGUGAUGGGUUUUCAAUGAGUGGAAUGUCUCAGGAUUUCUUAGGUGACGACUUUAAAAGCCAGGGAUCACAUGUGCCUUACAAUGUUACAGACUUCUCCACCCAGGCUUCCCAAAGUGGGUAUGCUGUUGAUUAUGUUACACAAGGAGGACAAGCUGGAUAUCCUGGCAAUUUUCUGAAUCAGAAUUCACAAGCUGGAUAUUCUCGUUUUGGUUCUGGAAAUGACUUCAUGUCUCAGGACUACAUGGGUCAUGCAACACAAGGGCUGUUCACUCAGGUCGGCAUGAAUGAUCCCUCGCAGGAUGAAGCGUCACAAAGCCAUUUCAAUAUGGCUAAUCCAAAUUCACUUCAGUCUCAGGUUCAUAACUCUGCUGCUCUGGAAACAUAUGUGAUGUUGCAUGGUUAUAUGAACUCGCUCUACUCCCAGCCCUUCGGCCACUACAACACUCAGCCACCCAAUUUACAGGCACCACAACAACAGCAGCCCCAUCAGGGGCAGGGGUCCCAGAACCAGAAAAUUCACUACAACGGUUGAGAGAGGUCAGAAAGGCAGUGAUUUUUGUUGGCUGUGAUGGGUUCUAUUGUCUUUGCAAUCCAGCAACUUGGUUCGUGCUGCCGUGUUUGACCCCUCCUAUUAUAAUCCUGCCCAGAGGCGCAAGAUGUUUGCCGGUUUGUCAUGGUCAGUCGAAAAGCCCAAGAGAUGAUGAGAAUAAGUUGUAGUAAGAAGGAUGGUCUGGCACAGCUUGGGCUAAUGGGGCUAUACAAAGCAGUCAGGGUCGGCACAUCCAAGGCGCGAAUGGUCGAUUGGAAAGAUGAGAUAUAACCCCUUUUGUCGGCCUGCAUGGAAAGAGUAAUGUUUAGGAGUUUAUCCAUCUAAGGGAGCAUUACAAGGGCAUGGAUUUGUUCGGAAGGGUUUGGCUGGACAUACUUUGAUUGCAAAAUGGAACUAGUAAACUACAAUACACACAGGAAAUCUCGAGGACACAGGAGAGGAGCUGAAGAAAAUAUUCUUACAUAUGCACUUAGCAGAAAUGCGAAAGGCGGUCUGUGUACAGAAAGACUAGAGAAGUUUGAUCACGUCAACCCUUUUGGCAUAUCCUGACAUGUAAUUAGACUCUUUACUCUUUAGCAUAUAUUAUAAGUCGCCUGGGAAGAUUGAGAUCUGAUUGUUUUCUUACCAUCGAUGCAGUUCUGGUGUAAGUUUUUGAUAGUAGAUCUUGGCAUUUGGUUUGAGUACCACUGUUUCCCUAUAUGAUUUUUGUGGUUUGAGUCCCACUGUUUCCUUAUUUGAAGAGAGGAAGGACUGAGAAUUGUACCAUCACAGAUUGCUGAGAGAAGAAUAUCUGAAUUGGGUGGCUAGGCAUAUGUAUUGGUUUAUCUACGGGUCGUUUGGGGUGUCCAACGGUUUGUUCUUUAUUGUUUCGGAUCAAAUUGAUGUUAGAAUUGGAACAUCCCGAACUGAAUAUGAUG